CACUCGUGCAUCGGGUUUCCAAGUGAACGGACGCACUACGAGAGCCGGAAUAACGCGGAACAAAACUAUUUGCCGUGCUAUUUGCGUUUUAGCGACUUGCGAUCCGCGCGAAUUUCACCCACGCUUACUCCCUCCCACACGAAAUGUGGUUCGGUGCGCUGCCACUGCCGGUGCCGCUGUCGUUCUCGUCCUUGUCGUUGUCGUUUGUCGUCCUACCCGUCGCUGUCAUUUGCCGGCUUCUGGCAGCCAAAGUUCUGAGCGAGUGAAAGUUUUCUGUGUGCAUCUGUCGUGUGGCAACUUCGGUUCCGCCGUUACUUUUGCAUUUGCGUGCUUAAUUUGAUAAGGAAAACCAAGGUAAAGGAUAUCGAGAGCCAAGCCAUGCCAGAGCCACACAGGCCACCACGCCCCCGCAAACGCCUCCGCCAAUGCCUACGCCCACAGGUCAGUGCCGAUGCCAGUGCCAGUGCCAGUGCCGGAGUCCGUGUCCGGCACCUGGCCACCCUGCUGAUUAUAAAUGCCGCUGUUACCAUGCUGAUGACAGCCACGCCCACUCUCGCCGAGAUUCCCUCAAAGGGCAAACACACGCGCCUGGAUACCCAGCAGACGGCACAGGAAGACGCGGACUUUCCGCGUUUCGCGGAGCCCAUUGCCAAUGUCACCGUCUCCAUUGGCCGCGACGCCCUGCUGGCCUGUGUCGUGGAGAACCUCAAGGGCUACAAGGUGGCCUGGGUGCGUGUGGACACCCAGACGAUCCUGUCCAUACACCACAAUGUCAUAUCGCAGAAUAGUCGCAUCAGCCUCACCUACAACGACCAUCGAUCGUGGUAUCUGCACAUCAAGGAGGUGGAGGAGUCGGAUCGUGGCUGGUACAUGUGCCAGGUCAACACGGAUCCCAUGCGUUCCAGAAAGGGCUACCUCCAGGUGGUUGUUCCCCCAAUGAUUGUCGAGGGCAUGACCAGCAACGAUAUGGUCGUGCGCGAGGGUCAGAAUGUCUCGCUGAUGUGCAAGGCACGCGGCUAUCCGGAGCCCUAUGUCAUGUGGCGCCGCGAGGAUGGCGAGGAGAUGCUAAUUGGCGGGGAGCACGUGAACGUGGUCGAUGGCGAGCUGCUGCACAUCACCAAGGUGAGCCGCCUACACAUGGCCGCGUAUCUGUGCGUUGCAUCAAACGGAGUGCCGCCCUCGAUUAGCAAGCGAGUCCAUCUGCGUGUGCAAUUUCCCCCCAUGCUGUCGAUUCCCAAUCAGCUUGAGGGCGCCUAUGUGGGCCAGGAUGUGAUACUCGAGUGCCACACGGAGGCCUAUCCGGCAUCGAUCAACUACUGGACAACGGAGCGCGGCGACAUGAUCAUAUCGGACACAUCGCGCGCUGGCGAUAAAUAUGAGACCACAUCCACAGUCAGUGGUUACACGAAAUAUAUGAAGUUAAAAAUCCGCGCCGUGGGACCCAAUGAUUUUGGCACCUAUCGCUGUGUGGCGAAAAACUCCCUGGGCGAGACCGAUGGAAACAUCAAGCUGGAUGAGAUGCCAACACCAACAACGGCCAUUAUAUCCGAGAUGGCAAUGCUCAAUCGCAGCUAUGAUGGCAAGAGACGUCAUAGAAAUAAAUUUGACUCGGCUAACGCUUUGCCUGAUUAUGGGGUUGAGGAGUGGCGUGACGGUGCACAAGGCAACCAUGCUGGGAACAAUGGCGAUAACAAUCAAACGCCCGUGCGUAAUCCGCCUGGAGCAUUUCACAAUUCUGCAGGCUCACUGGCGCAGCAUAAUCUACUUGGUAAAAUAAUGCGCGGCAUUAAAACGCAAUCAUUGGGGAUUUUCAAACGUUUAUCGAGUUCCAUGCCAGCGGCGCUCUGGCUGUCGACGUUAUCGCCAUCAUCGCCGAGUCGCUGGCGUAUGAGUAAUAUGAAAAAAAACCAGCCGCCCACCACACAGGAGACUGUUGUCAACGUUGUCGAGCCAGCUGGAUGCUGGGAGAUCAGCAAAAGCAACACGACUAAGGGCAGCCGUAGCAGUAGCAGCAGGAGUAGGAGCAGGACAACCACCACCAUCAACAGCCUACCAUUUUGGGCGUGGCAAUUGCGCAUAUUUCACAUUGCUCAUACGCCGUGUGUAGCGUCAACAACGCAACAUUCGAAAUGCCAACGGCAAUGGCAGUGGCAGUGGCAAUGGCCAAUGCUCAUUUGCAUAGUUAUAUUGGCUGGCAGCUUUGUUGUGCUCCGCCCGAUGCUGCUGCAUUUUAUCGGCCGCCACAUCGGCACAUUUUCUAUUAGCACGACGCAUAGGCAACAUUUAAUGCUUACAUUUGGGGCACUCGCUGGUAAUAAGGUUGUCGCCAUAUACACCGCAGCGACAAGAGCAGCAGCAGCAACAACAAUUCCAACAACAGCCACAUCCGCAGCCAGGCCAAAUACAUUUGCACUGCCCUGCCUUCGAAAGUUUUCAAGAUGAAAUCAAAUAAUUGCAAAAGCAAAAAGAAACUCAUUUGGGGGACAAGAGCAGCUUGAAAAAUAAAAUCAAACCAGCAGAACGUGGACGUCCCAGCGUAGAGCAGGACGAGAGGAACGAUUGAGGCACCACAGAUAUCUGCAGUUUGUGGUACUCUCAAACAGAUCCACAUACAGAUACAAAUAUGUUUAUGUUAGAGCGUAAAAUGAAAAUCAUGUUAGAUGUCAAACGGGCUUCGAGUUGAUUGACAGUUGACUGAGGAAGAACUGCAACUCGAUUUCCAGUGUCGAGUGUCGAUAAUGCGGAUAAGUAAUUAUCGAAAAGCGCAGCCAACAGCUCACUUAACUGUCUGAAAGACAGAAUAGCAUAUGUAUAUGUAUAUCUGUGUAUCCAUAUUAUUAAGGUCAAGCCGUAUCUGAUUAGUUGAUAACAUCAAGCUCAAUUUAUAUUCUUCAAUUUAUGUGAUUUUAGUUAUAUAUAUUUACAUUACUUUAAAGAAAAUAUCUCUCCGAAUAUAUUUAAAGUUGCAAUUUUAUUUCAUUAGUUCCCAUUUUGAUUUAAUUAAUGCUGUUACAAAUUUAUGCUAUGCUGACCAUUUUAUUUUAAAGUCAUUUACAUAUUUAAGGAAUCAGAAUGUAAUACAUGAAAAAGCCAAGCAGAUGCGGCAGAGCUGAAUGACUACGAAAAAUGUUGCGUAUUGUAAAAACCAUAAAUAGAUCCAAAUAAAAGGAAAUAAAUUAAUUAUAGUCAAAAGAAAUAAUAAAAAUAAAACAAACAAAAUGUGUGAAAAACGGUUAAUCAAAUUUGCAUUUAGAUGAAAGUAUUUAUGCAUAAAAAAAGUACAUAGCGAAUUUACCUAGUAAAUUUAGCCAACGUAUAACAAAGGGAAAACCAAAACAUGUAAGCCACAAAAUAGCAAAGCAAGAAAGUAAAACGAGAAAAUAUGUAAGUGUUGAAUUAAGUCGUUUAUUAGAUAUACGGUUGAUGCUACAAAUAUAAAUAAAUAAAUAUAUGUAAUAGUUUUUCCCAUUGAUUGUCCUGGAAAAAGGCAGCUGCUAAUGAUUCGUUUUUAUAUUGCAUUCGAUUUGUUUCAAUUGCCAUUUUUGGAAACAACAUAAAAAGCCCAUUUAAAAUAAUAUAUUGGAAAUUUUAGUUUUUUUCCGCAUUCAUUUCCGUGUUGCUCAUGUUAAUGGGAGUUUAAUUAGUGCACUUUUUGUGCUCCUCUGAAUGUAAAUAUUU